GUGACGCUCACACAGCUCGUUGGAGUCCAGAGGGGGAAGUAUGGCUCCUAAUGUCGCCUGGUACAUCGUCACCUUUUGUAGUUUAGUUCAUUCAACACCGCUAAUUUCACUCGAAGAGGAAUAUCAGUUCAAAGAGUGGAUGUCACAGCACAACAGAGUAUACGACACUGAGGAGUUUUACCACCGGCUCCACACAUUCACUGAGAAUAAGAGGACAGUUGAGCAUCAUAAUGCUGGGAAUCACUCCUUCACAAUGGGCCUGAAUCAGUUUUCAGACAUGACAUUUGAGGAAUUCAGGAAAUUGUUUCUUUUGACGGAGCCUCAGAACUGCUCAGCCACUAAAGGAGGUCAUGUCAGCAGUGGUGGUCCUUACCCUGAGUUUGUAGACUGGAGGAUGAAAGGACACUUUGUAACUCCUGUAAAGAACCAGGGUCACUGUGGCAGCUGCUGGACCUUCUCUACCACUGGCUGUUUGGAGUCAGUGAAUGCUAUCGCUACUAGGAAGCUAAUACCUCUGUCUGAGCAGCAGCUGAUAGACUGUGCCAGAGACUUCAACAAUCAUGGAUGCUUGGGUGGGCUCCCCAGCCAGGCAUUUGAAUACAUCAAAUACAACAAGGGCAUUAUGACAGAGGAGGACUAUCCCUAUAAAGGCCAUGAUGACUCUUGCCAUUUUAAGCCUGAACUUGCAGCUGCUUUUGUCCUGGAUGUUGUUAACAUAACAAGCUAUGAUGAAAAGGCCAUGGUUGAUGCUGUGGCCAGGCUCAACCCUGUAUCCUUUGCGUUUGAGGUCACAUAUGAAUUUAUGCACUACAAAGAAGGUGUUUACACCAGCACCCAGUGCAAGAACACAGCAGACAAGGUGAAUCAUGCAGUCCUGGCAGUGGGUUACGGCGCUGAAGAAAACAACACGCCAUAUUGGAUUGUGAAGAACUCUUGGGGCCCAGUCUGGGGUAUUGACGGAUAUUUUUUGAUUGAGCGAGGGAAAAACAUGUGCGGACUGGCUGCAUGCUCUUCUUACCCUCUACCUUUAGUUUGAGGAGUAACAUGGCAGCAGAGCAAAGGACUGAUUAAAAACAGCUAGAGAUAACAUCAAUGGAGUCACCGUGAUGGGAAGUUUGUGCUCUUGUGUUCCCUGAAGUGUCUUAUAUAGCCCCCCAAGUUUUGACCUAAACCAAGGGCACCAAAUACCUCUUCUGGAAGUUUGGUUUCUCAACAAUAUGUGUAGUAUCAUCUCAAUAUUUAAACUGAAAUAAGAAACUAUGAAGCCAAAAGAAAAAAAGAAAUGUGUAAAGCACUGUAAUUUGCUAAUUUUGACGCAUUGUAACAGGCUACUGCAUGCAAUGCAUGAACACGUUCAACUAUUUUAUUUCAGAGAAAGUUAAAAGAUGUUUUUUAAAUCCACAUUAUAUUAUUAUUAUUUUAAAGAAAAAAUAGUUUCACAUGAUCACAAUCACACAUGUUACAAACUCAGAGCUACCCAGUAAGCACAUUCUUGUACAUUAGCUGAUAUGGCACAUCACUGGAUCGUGUGAAUACACAGAUACAUCUAAAGAGUUUACCAUUUGAUCAUUUUUUUCAGAUUUUGAGAGUUUAAAACAUGGAAUAAAUGCUAACAAUAACUGUUUACUAUAUGUAUUUUGUAGACAGUGUGUUUGAAUUUAUUACAAACACAUUAAGUAUGGAGGCUUCUCCUUGUUAUAAGGUUGGGUGUUAUUUUCAUUUAUUAUAUGUGUUUCUUCUCUUUUGUAAUGUUGGUGUUGUGAACCGUUUAAGACAAGUGAUUGGCUCCUCAAAGAAAAUGUAUUUAAUCAUAUAUACCUGUACAGAAGCUUGGGCUGUGUCAUAUGUUUUUAGUGCAACUACCUAUCCAACACUGAUAUCAUCAUCUGACAUACCUGGUGUUAACACUGUGCAGUGUGGGCCAAUGAGAUUAUGUUAUGACAAAUCAAGCAUGGGUCAUUGAUUUGAGUGGCCUCCUCGUGGCUUCAGAGACAAAAUCAAGAGCAUGACAAGCCUCUGAAAGACGGGGACAGGCUGUUUUUUCUGAACUCUGGAGAAGAUAUCCAUGCACAAAAGGUCAACCAGUGAGUUAUGUCUGAUUUGAAAUAGUUGUUUGUUUCCAUUUUUAUAUGUUUUUACAAAUAAACCAUUUUCCUGUCAUG